AUGGCUCUCCAUGGCUAUUGCUUGUCUUGUCGUAUCGAUAAUGUUAUUUCUUCAGGCAAGAAUGGCACCUGAGUGGAAUAAUUCUCAUCAUCUAUACAAUACUGAUUCCGAAGAACUCAAAAAAAAUUUUAACUUCAAAAACUCGUUCUACUUAAUUAUUGCUUCUUUUGUGCAACGAGGUUCAAACAUACUACUCAAAAUAUCAUCCCUGCGCAUGCUUGCGAGCAUAUGGUGGUUCUUUACUUUGAUCAUGUACAGCUUAUAUACAGCGAAUCUAGCCGCCUUUCUCACUGUGGACAAAAUAGGUAUACCUGUUAAAGGAAUUGAGGACCUGGCUAGACAGACAAAAAUUAAAUAUGGUAUACUAAAGGGUGGCGCAACAGCAUCAUUCUUCCAAAAUUCGACUUAUUCAACGUACAAACAAAUGUGGAAUACAAUGGUGAAUUCUAAGCCAAGCGUAUUCACAUCAAGUUAUAAGGAAGGCAUCAAUCGAGUUAUCCAUGGCAAACGACGAUAUGCCUUUAUCAUGGAAAGUGAUAGUAGUGAAUAUCAUAUAGAGCGCGAAUGCGACUUAAUCAAAAUAGGCAGCGUGAUCGAAAGCAGAGAAUACGGCAUUGCUAUGCCACGCAAUUCUCCAUACGGAAUACAUAUUAACCGUGCGAUCUUGAAGCUUAAAGAGAGAGGUUUACUGCGCAAACUCAAAAAAAAAUGGUGGCAAGAAAGAGGAGGAGGUUUGUGCAAAAAAGAUGAAAUUAAUGCAAACACACACGAAUUAGGAAUGACAGGCCUCGGAGGUGUAUUCUUCGUUCUAAUAUGUGGUUGCAGCGCUUCGUUCUUUAUCGCAAUUUGCGAAUUUCUAUGGAAUAUAUUUAAAGUCGCUGUGACAGAAAAGAUCACGCCGUGGGAAGUGCUAGUUGCCGAGUUGAAAUUCACUAUAAACAUCUUCGCAAUUAGGAAACCCGUUAAAAUUAUCAAGAGGAGCAAGAGCAACAUAAAUUCCAAGGAGGGUGGACUUGACAGAGCUGCAUCUACGACUUAAUCUAUCGUUGCUUUUUUUAAAUAUAUUUUUUUAAA